AGCAGCCACGAUACAUGCGGCUGCAAUGAAAUGGGACAUCUUUGCUUUCGCUAUCUCUAUGCUAUCUCUGUCGUUGUCUUCCAAUAGUCACAUGAUCAUCAAAUAUGAGGUUUGCUGGGCAACAACAACUAGACGCUAUUGAUGUCUUUGCAUUACAAUUACUGUGAUUCGUGCGUAGAAACGGUCAAGGAAAGAAGGCUUCGAUUAUCGAACCGUACGUGUGGAAGACUUUAGAUAAGUCAAUCUCCUAUACAUAAGACCAUUACCCAGGAUGUGAAGUAUCUCAAUUCUAUCAAAUCGGCAGAUCUUGUUGUUGACCAUAUCAAUAUGGCAAUCUUUCAACAUAUCAAGUCGAUUAUGAAUCAAAACUCAACUCUCGCCGUGACGGAGGGAGUCGAACCAGCUCCCACGUUAAUUGAAACUCCCACCACAGACGUGGACGACAAGAAGACAAUGACAAUCAACCACCAUGCUACCGACUCGGAGAUCCAGAAGCCCGUUUUUCAAUCAGUUGAGCUUGGUGAAGAAGGUGCCCAACGAAUUGAACUCAUGCAAGAGGCCUGGGGCAAGCAUGGGAAACUCUUCGUCUUUCUCUCACUGGCACUUUGCAUGAUUGUCUACGAAUUAGACAACACAACCUUCGCUACUUACUACGUCUACGCUAUCUCUGAUUUCAAGAAGACAGCCUCAACAUCCGCUCUGUCUGUAGCUUGCAAUCUAACAUUCUCCCUCAUGAAGCCGGUCUGGGCUAAGAUCUCUGAUAUCUUCGGUCGUGGAGAAAUGUAUCCUACGGCGCUCCUCUUUAUCACCAUCGGCCUCGUCGUUGCAGCUAGUGCUCAGACUUUCCAAGCGUUCGCUGUAGGAACCAUUCUCCGCAUCAUCGGGAUUACUUGUUUGAAUACUAUGAACACGAUUGUCAUUGCGGAUCUCACGAGUACGAGGCAGAGAGCUUUGGGUGUUAAUUUUCUUGGUGGCAUUGGAUGGGCUUGGGGUAUUGGGAUUCUGGCUAUUGUGUAUCCUUUUGGGGUUGUUGCGAUUAUGAGCUUGCUUCUGAAGUAUCAAAGUCGCGCGAAGAAGUUGGAGGCUGAAUACAUCAAGAAAGCUCGCCUGAGCGUCUACGAAGUCUGCUCAAGUAUCGACAUUGGCGGCAUGGCCAUCAUGAUCCUCGGCCUAGCAUUCAUCCUCCUGCCCCUGUCCCUCGCCAGCCUCCAACCCCACGGCUACAAGACACCUUGGAUCCCCACGCUCAUGGUCAUCGGUGGUCUCCUUCUCAUAUUCGCCCUCCCAUUCUAUGAAAGCAAAGUCGCCGCACAUCCAUUCUUCCCCGUCCGUUACCUAAAGCACAAAUCAAUAUGUCUAGCCUUCCUCCUCUACUUCACCGAUUACAUGACAGCAGAAGCCUCUCAUGGAUACCUGUACAACUGGGCCUUGAUCGCCCAAGGCCUGACCAUCGUGCAAGCUACCAAUCUUUCCUAUAUCAACGGCGUCAUGACUUUUGCUACAGGCAUUCUCUUCGGACUGGUCAUGUGGAAGACCAGAACAUACAAAUGGUGGAUAGUAGGUGGUCUCUUCAUUCGCAUCAUCAGAUAUAGAGUCAUGUUCCGGAUCCGUACUUCCAAUCCUACGCUUGGGGAAUUGCUCGUCGUGCAACUUAUCCAAGGAGUUUGCGAUGGCAUCGUACAGACUGGAGGAUAUGUCGCGGCUACUAUCAAUGUACCACAUAAGGAAACAGCACAGAUGGCGGCAUUGAUAGUCAUGGUUGGCACACUCGGGUCGAGUAUCGGAGAUGCUAUCAGUGGUGCGAUCUAUACAGGGACUUUUAGAGAGCAACUGAGAAAACAAUUGGGCGAUAAAUCUACACCGGAAUUGGUCGAGGCGUUGUUCAAUUCGAUUACAACCAUGGUUCCAGAGUGGGGAACUCCAGAGAGGACAGCGAUUAAUGCUGCUUAUAAUAACGUUACGUCGUAUUUUUAUAUUGCUGCAAUGGUCAUCAUCGUCCCAGGAUUUAUCAUUGCCUGGUUCUUGCCGAAUCAGACAUUGAAUGAUAACCAGAAUUUGCUGGAGGAUCAUGGCAUGCUUGCACAGCGUCAAACGGGCCCUGAGUCCGAGAACGCGGGGCAAUGAUUCGAUUUCUGCGUUGAAUGAGGACCCAUGUUUCGGGUGUCAGUACAUCGGACUCGUGUGUAUUCUUCCUGCCCUCAAUAGUACAAAUCUCAAGUUUGAACAAAAGAACCCCUGAAUUGCAAGCGACCCCUAUACAUUUAGCGAGCGUUUAACCCUCCAAAGGUAUCUUCUCGACCAAUAUUUCCGCGAUUGAUGGAGAUAUGGAAAUUAUCCAAAUGCUC